AUGUCUGACUUUGAGGACUACAGCUGGCCGGGCGGGCCGGCGAAUGUCUCUGAAAGCUACCAGCUGAACCCGACCAGCGUGAUCGUGUCGGUGGUCUUCUCCCUCAUCUUCCUGCUGGGCACCAUCGGCAACAGCCUGGUGCUCGCCGUGCUCCUGCGCAGCGGGCAGGUGGGGUACAACACCACCAAUCUGUUCAUACUCAACCUGAGCGUGGCCGACUUCUUCUUCAUCAUCUUCUGCGUUCCUUUCCAAGCCACCAUCUACUCCCUGGAGGGCUGGGUGUUCGGCUCCUUCAUGUGCAAAGUGGUCCACUUCCUCAUCAACCUCACCAUGUACGCCAGCAGCUUCACACUCGCUGCCGUCUCCGUGGACAGGUAUUUGGCCAUCCGCUACCCGCUGCGCUCCAGAGAGCUGCGGACUCCGUGCAACGCCGUGGUCGCCAUGGUGAUCAUCUGGGGCCUCUCUCUGGUCUUCGCCGGCCCCUACCUCAGCUACUACGACCUGGUCGACUACGCCGACAGCACCGUGUGCAUCCCCGGCUGGGAUGAGCAGAACCGCAAGGUGCUGGACACGUGCACCUUCCUGGUCGGCUACGUCAUCCCCGUGCUCAUCGUGAGCCUCUCCUACACCCGCACCAUCAAGUACCUGUGGACCGCCGUCGACCCUCUGGACGGCAUGUCGGAGUCCAAGAGGGCCAAGCGCAAAGUCACCAAGAUGAUCAUCAUCGUCACGGUGCUCUUCUGCAUCUGCUGGCUGCCGUACCACGUGGUGAUCCUGUGCUACCUGUACGGCGACUUCCCGUUCAACCGGACCACGUACGCCUUCCGGCUGCUCUCGCACUGCAUGGCCUACGCCAACUCCUGCGUCAACCCCAUCGUGUACGCGCUGGUGUCCAAGCACUUCCGCAAAGGCUUCAAGAAGGUGUUCAGCUGCGUCCUCAGUAAAAACGGGAGGAACAAAGUGCACGUGGUCCACGUGGCCAACGCGGCGCCCGGGUUCGAAGCCGCGUCCACGGAGGUGUCGCAGAUGCACGAGGAGAACGUGCGACAGAACGCCUGCGAGAUGAUCGACCGGCGGAUCGGAGAGCCGAGGGACGCCACGGUGACGCUGAACUCGCCCUUUCAGCGGCAGACUUGACGAGCGAUGCUCGCGGGCUCGUUAGGCGUGGGAAGGAAUCCGCUUCGUGGCGGUCACGCGGGAAAAGGAGAUCAAAUGAAACGUGU